CUUCUUCUUCUUCUUCUUCUUUUUUAUCACACUGGGUUAACCUUCGUUUGGUUUUCUACUUUUCUAGUCUUGAGUGAAGAAGUAGGGAACAGGAGGAGAUAUGAGCAACGUUGCACAGAUACCAACUUCUUUCGGACACGAACUUAGGGCUUGCCUUCGUUGUAGGCUUGUAAAAACUUACGACCAGUUCAGGGAAUCGGGAUGUGAAAAUUGUCAAUUUUUUAAUAUGGACAAAGAUCAUGAAAUGGUGGGCGAGUGCACUACCUCGAAUUUUACUGGGAUAAUAUCUGUCAUGGAUCCGACAAGAAGUUGGGCUGCUAGAUGGUUGAGAAUCGGAAGAUUCGUUCCUGGUUGCUACACGCUUGCUGUUUCAGAGACGCUUUCAGGAGAAUUGCAGGGAAUUUGCGAUGAACAUAAUAUCCCGUACGUCCCCCCAAAGCGUUCUUGAUUUAAAGAUGGAUCAUACUGGAUGUAUGAAAUGGUGUUACGUUUCCUGAUUUAGAGUUAGAGAUGGACCAUACUGCAUGUAUGAAAUGGUGCUUUCAUUGGAUAUGUAGUUAGGUACUUAAUGUGCUUGUUUAUCUGUCUACGGUUGUUUUACUUACUCGCUACUACUAGGAAAUACUGGUGAUGUUUAAGUUUUCAGUGACUCCAGAAACAUCCCUGUAUCUUACUUACGCUUAUAUGGUUAUGGAAUUAACUUUAAGAAGGUGGUAACUUGAAA